AUGAAGAAUCCCAAGGAGAUGACCAACGAAGAGCUCUAUCAUGCCCUGAAAGCGCGCAAAAUUCGUCUCGGAGUGGCUAAAGAAAUAUCCACCGCAUACUCACCCGCCCGCAUAGUGCUAACCACUAUCUUCAAUCCCGUGCAUGCUAUGACCAAAGCCGGUAUAAAUACCAGUGGUUCCCUGACCCAUAAUUACACUCAAGGGAAGUGUAAUGAGAUUGCCAAAGAACUGGAGAGGCGUGGUUUGGACUCCAAGAAAUAUGAAGACGAUCCGGAGACCAUCAAUGAAACCAAUAAAUGGGUCAGAGUCUGGAAAAGCGUGAAAAUAGUCGGCACGAUUGUUUCCAUUGAUUGGUCGGAGAUUCCGAAGAUGGUCGAGUUGGUCAGUGACGUUGAUGAUGCUAUUAUAGAUUUUGGCGACGUUGUCAAUAACAUAAGCGAAUUGGUCUUGGAGAUCACUGAACAUUCCGCGGAUAUCAAAGAGGGACUAGAGGUUGUGGAGACGGUCACGGAAGUUUCAGAGGUUGUCACCGAGAGUGUCGAACUUGGUAAUGAAAUCAAGAAUGAUAAGAAACCAACAAACGAUUUUAACGGCGAUGGUAAAUUGGAAAAAAAAAGCAUCGUGGAAGCGCGCAUCCAAAACAUCAUAGAUGAACAGCUUCAAAAUGUCAUCAAUAUGUCCCAUUCCGCCAAGGACGCCAUCAGUCAUAUCGGUCACAUCUCCUUGCAUCAUAAUGACAAUAAGAAAAAUCACGAGACGGGUGGUUAA